UUGAUAAAACCUGUGCCGUAUCAAAGGUAGAUAACUGCUGUAGGCGUGCCACAAGGAGGUCAUCUUUGUCGAGAGUUGACCCUGCUGACUAUCCUGACACAAUGCACGUGCUGCUGGCGACACUGUGCCUGUUUCACCUAGCAGCAGCCGGCAUAGACACAACAGUCUGCACUACCCCAUACGGACAGCAACAUGCACGACCAUCCUUACCCAAUCAGUUUGAAGUCCACGUAGAGUGUAACUUCCUCGACCUCAACACCACUACUGAAGUCCAUGAAUACUACGACGACGCCAACAACAGGGGUGAAGUACGUCAGAUGGACUAUGGCAUCAAGUUGUGGGCCUACUACAGCUACGCUACAAACGAACUCAUUUCCAUACUGCCAGACAAAAAGCUCUGCCUUGUGGAGAACCUGCGGCAGAAGAGUUCCAACUAUCUCUUUGGGUAUCAGAGUAAGAAUGGACAGGGUCACAUUUUCUCUGUUAACGGCGCCCUGCACUUUGGCGAGGCGAACACUGUCGAGGUGUUCCAGGGAUCGGAUGUCGUGCGCGGCAUCAACGUCCAGAAGUGGUACUCCUGCCUCUACUGGUCCAGCAUGGACGCCACCAUGAACGUCACCUGGUACUUCUCAGAUCCUUCAAGUUGGGACACAGCUCUCGCCAUCCCGUCAACCCCAGUCAGAGCUCACAUCCAGGGCCGACGCACGAAGAACGGCUCCCCCUACGACUUUGAACACUACUACGAGUUUUUUCAUUUUAAACCCUUCAUCGAGGAUCAACAAAAGUUUGAGACACCGAACGGUAUUUCCUGUCCUGGGCGGAAGAAUACAAAGCCUCUUCCGACUGUAGCGCCCGAAUACUCGUUGAUUAUAGAAAUCGUGGACAACUUACACUCCCAAAUCUCCUUCAUGAAAGAAUAUUAUGAUCAAAGCAUGAAGCUGACUAAAUUUACCUAUAAACCAUCACACAUGACCCCUAGCCCAUACGGCUACAACCCACUGACGGAGAUCCACGAUUUCAACACAGGCGUGGCUUACGUCAUUGAUCCGCUGAUCGGCAACUGUUCCUAUCGUCCAAUCGAACACGGUACGUUUGAUGACGCCACAGCCAAGAACCCCCAUCUUGUUCGUAUGCGGACUUCUCGAGAGUUCUUCUACAUGAACAGCCAGGAUGUCACUUACGAAGGAGUGAAAACAGUUCGGAACAUCGACAUGGACACGUGGGUGGGGCAGAGGAACACCUUUGAGGGAUACAACUUUAACUCUACAUGGCAGUGGUACUUCAAGCUGGGUACGUGGUCAGCGUCGCAGCAACGCGUUGGAAGCUACAGCAUGGGGACACCACUUAUGUUGACUAUAGAUGUCGAUGAGCUGUCCGUCAGCUACACAUACAACAUCUACAACUUCAUCCAGGCACGCCCCAACCUCCUCGACUUCGACAUCAGCCCUUGCUUCAUGGACCUAAAGAGGAGGAAGUUCGACUUCAAAAUACCAACUGAGGCGAGGGACCUGAUAGAUAAGGACAAGGAGCUGUUCAAAUACUCCGUGUUGAUGUCUCUCACUUACUACACUGCCGUCUUCCCCCUCCGGAUAGCCAACCUCAAGGUUGUGUAUGACGACCACAUACACGUCAGAUUCGAAAUUCUCGACGUCAGGCCCGUGGCGGGUGACGUCACUGUCAACGGCACGGAAACGUCGCUAGAUGUCGCUGCUCAACAAGUGUUGUCAAAGGUCAACAAUAAUCAGUUCGUUAUCUACGUCAUGCAACCUGGUGUCAGCCCGCAAGAGACUCCUUACAUCGUGGCUGUGCCUAACUCCAUCACUGAGUUUACAUAUGAGAGUGAGUUGGCGGAGUUUAAAGGUUAUUCACCAGGUGCUCUGGGUGGCCUCUCCGCCGGGAUGAUCGUAGUGGGCGGGGCCCUAGGGGCUGGUCUGUCAUUUGCCUUCUUCAAAUAAGAAUUGUCAACCCCUAACGCUAAGUGAAUAUGUCAACUAAGAUGUACAGAAACUCCAAAAGCCUCUUCGUGUGUUCCUGAUGACCAGACACUCGAUAUUACCCAGACCGGAUGAUCGAAAUAUUCAGGAAUUGGUACCAUCGUCAGUUUUCCGAGAUUGUGUAUUUCCAGCAGAUCAUGCUGCUCUGAUAUAAUGAAUUGUUUCACAUUUUUCACAGCUGGAACAGAGACAUUUUCCAUUCUUUUGUUUUUUCUUUUAUUCUGUUUUGAUAUUAAGGAUGUCAUUUACAUCUGGACAAUGACCUCAGUCUAUGUAAGACCACAUGUUAUGUAACCUAAACACACAUGCUGCGAUAACAUUACAUCUCACAUAUGACUUAUAUACUGAGAAAACACAAAUAAAGGAUCACAUGAAAAUUCAAACGUUCCUUUAUUAUUUUCCAGUUUUCAUCACCACAGAGCUAUUCAAAGCUGGUCAUAAAAACUGUAAAAUAUUGAACAUUUUCCUGUGAUCCUUUAUUUGUUUCUCUCAGUAUAUAUUUUUCUUAUAUUUGUCCUUCAAAGGAUAUUCUUAUAUACUGUGGUACUAAGCAUAUUAUAACAGGGUAACAUUUUUCUGUGUUGCAAAAUAAAAUAUAUGUUGACCUCUUUAUUCUUCAUGUUGAUUUCACCGAGAAUCUAAUCCCUAGUUUUUAUACAUUCUAUAUUUACUGUAAUUCAAAGCCUUGAUUCCCCAUUUUGACUUAACAUAGAAAUUAUGUAGAUGGCAUCCAGUCAGUAAUUUCUUAUUGCGUAACAGGAAACCUCUGAUCGAUCAAUCAGAUUACAGGUAAAUCGGAUACAGCUUCUUCAAUGCAUUGCAGAUACCACGAGGGUUGACUCCUUUAAGAUAUGACUGUGUAUAUGUAAACAACAGCUCUUAUAUUGUAUUAUUCAACACCUGUGUCAAUAAAAUAUAUUCUAAUU